GCUUUCUAUAUAUUUUAUUGCCUUUCCGGGAAUCUUGAGGAAUAAUAAUAAUAACCUUAAACUUCAACAUGUACAGUGUGCAUUUGGGACGUUAUCAAAGCGAUUUACAGUUGUAAUAGUCCAUAGAGAUGUGCUCAUUCUUUGGGCAGGAACAUUUGCCGGCAUAAAAAUUUAAAAGAUCAGUGUGGUAGACCAACGGUAGUUCAUGGUUGAUCGUUAUUUUAUUCACUUGAAAGCGGAAAAACUUAUAAAUUCACCGAAUGUCUCUGAUCAAAGAAAGGUAGAAUAUCAGUACUCGUAUAGCAGCUACUUUUCUUACCCAAGUUAAAGACGAAGUAAUUGCAAUCAUGAACCCAGCUAAUAUUUUUUUGUCACUUUUGUCCAUUUCGACUGCAGCCCAAGCUGCUUUUAACGUUCCAACCGCCAAAGUUGUUAGAGGAACCGACUUCCCCUACGGUGUUGAAUUGAGUGUUGGUGCCCAAAAGUCAGUUGUUAAAUUGGACAAUACUGUUGGUGAUAUUCUCCUUACCAAGGAUUCCGGUUUUGACAUUGUUAAUUUGAUUGAAAGUUUGAACAAGGAUGUCAGCGUUGAUUUUGAAAAUUUUGGGAAGAACUUCAAAGAAGGCCUGAACAAGAUCAACAACCUCAUCUGGGGUAAAGAGUCGAUCUCCUUUGGCGGUUCAGAUAUCACUUACAAGGAUGUUGUUAUAGGUGCUACUGCUGAUUCGAAGGAGUCUUCCAUUUUUGGACUGGCAAAUCCAUUCACCGUUGGUACAAAUGACACCAGAUUUUGGGAUAUUGUUCAAGAACUUGGCGGAUCACCAUCAUUCUCCUUUGGUCUUUCAACCGCACCUUCCAACGAGGAACUUGAAGGAUGGUUGACCUUUGGCGGUGUUGCUAGCAGUUUGUUUGAAAACUUGACGACGAUCCCUCUUAUUGGUGAGGAUCAAACAUUGCAAGUUGCCCUCUCUGCCGUGAAAGUAUUAACUGGAAAGGAGGAGUUGACCCGCUUGACCAAUGUUACUUAUAGAGCCGAGUUCAACCUUGGUGUGAAGCUUUCCACUUUGCCAUUGGGACUGUUGAAGGAUAUCCUGUAUCAGUUAGGCUACGUCGAAUUGACAACCGAUGCGGCUGGUCUGUUUAUCGUUGGAUGCGAUGAGCUUCAGUCGUUUGAGUACGAAUUCAACGAACUGGUCUCGAUCACCGUUCCAAUCCGUCAAAUUAGCACCCAAAAUGACGAUGGAACUUGUUCCCUCGCGAUCAUUCCAAUCGAUGACGACGCAGACACCGUCACCAUUGCAGGGAGCUUGUUAGGCUUGAUCUACUUUUCAGUUGACUUCCGUGAGGGUGACAUCAGCGUUGGCCAGGCAAUCUUCCCUGGCAUUGUUGCUGACCCACACUUUGAGGUUACCCCGCUGUCACCAUGAACGUGUUGUAUAGAUAUUUUUACAAUGUUGUGUAUAUAAAUGUGAUAUCGAAGACCUAAGCUCUAAGCCCACAUGCCACUCUCACCUUCAAAACCACGUACUCAAGUGCAAGACUGAAAUGGCACCAGGAGACUUUGUUUCCCUGUUAAAAGCGAAGAGAACGCAUAGCCGAAAAGGGAAGUUUGCAAACAGAGAACGAACACCGCAAAACCCAAAAAAAGAACAGUCCCUCUCUGUUCGGGAAAACGAUUCGUGACACAGAACCACAAUAACACGGAAAAGUACGGCUGUGUCCUGGUGGAUAAGAAAAUUCCAGCCAUGUGUUCAUUUCGCCAUUGGGCAACAAUUUAUAGCCGAGACAGGGAAUUUUGCGCAAGAUGAUUCAUACAUUUGCGCAAACUUGCGCAAAAAAAGAAAAAACACGAACGAAAAA